GAAAAAAAAAAAAAAAAAGAGCUCUGGGCCUUGUCAUUGGCUGAGAGGAGUCCGACAGGAAAGUGCGAUGGCUCUUGAGACCAAGGCAGACCCUCGUAUAUAUUCAAAGCAAAAGACAACAGUUUACUUCACAACACUGUUUGGAUGAUGAUGCACAAUCACCAACAACUUUAGCGGCAUCAUGAGCGCUUCUGUAGCCGUGUACCGAAACAUCUACACGGAGGACCGCUUCAAACAGGCCUACGGCGCGGAUGAUGACGCGAGGGGAGACGCACGGCUCCGCGAGAGGCUCACUGGGACGUGCAGGUGCUCACGCCGAGCGUGCGUUCACCUGCUUAAGGAGAGGGUGCCUAUUUUCAGCUGGCUGCCCAGCUACAGACUCAAAAACUGGAUUUUAGGAGAUACUGUGGCGGGACUCACUGUUGGGAUUCUGCAUAUUCCUCAAGGGAUGGCUUUUGCUUUACUUACAUCUGUGGCCCCAAUAUUUGGUCUGUACACAUCUUUCUUCCCUGUGGUCCUUUAUAUGUUCUUUGGCACAGGUCGUCAUGUGUCAACAGGCACUUUUGCUGUGAUCAGUCUGAUGACGGGCUCUGUGGUGGAGCAGCUUGUGCCCACUCCUCUGGACCUGAACUCUUCUUCCUCUGUAGCCACUGAAUUUGAGGCCCAGAGGAUCGCUGUGGCAUCAGCUGUGGCUCUCCUCUCAGGAAUUAUUAUGCUCUGCAUGUUUGGUCUUCAGCUGGGCUUCUUGUCCACCUAUCUCUCAGAACCAAUUGUUAAGGCCUUCACUAGUGCAGCAGCAUUCCACGUUACCAUCUCACAGCUGCAAAGCAUGCUGGGAUUGCGACUUCCCCGCCACACAGGCACCUUUUCUUUGUUCAAGACUCUGGCAACUGUGAUGGAGAAUCUUGGUGACACCAACAUGGCAGAGCUUCUGAUCUCUCUGGUGUGUCUUAUUGUUCUUGUGGCCAUCAAAGAAGUUAAUAUGAGAUACAAACAGAAACUGCGUACGCCCAUUCCUGUGGAGAUACUUAUAGUGAUCAUAGCCACAGCAGUGGCAUAUGGCUUCUCCCUGGACUCCUCCUACAACAUACAGAUAGUUGGACACAUCCCAGCUGGGUUCCCGAGGCCACGGAUGCCUGCUGUGCAUGUUUUUCCUGAGAUCGCUGGAGACACGAUAGCCAUAACAUUUGUGGGUUAUGCUGUAUCCGUGUCUUUAGCCAUGAUUUAUGCAGAUAAACAUGGUUACUCAAUACAUCCUAACCAGGAGCUCCUGGCACAUGGCAUCUCUAAUACAGUGUCGUCGUUUUUCACCUGUUUCCCCAGUUCAGCCACUUUAGCCACCACCAACAUACUCGAGAGUGCUGGCGGACACACCCAGCUGUCUGGCUUGUUCACCAGUCUGGUAGUUCUUAUAGUCUUGUUGCUGAUUGGGCCUCUCUUCUACUUCCUACCUAAGGCUGUCCUAGCGUGCAUCAAUGUCACCAGCCUCAGGCAGAUGUUUCUGCAGUUCCAAGAUCUUCCUGAACUCUGGAGAAUCAGCAAGAUAGACUUUAUGGUAUGGUUGGUGACCUGGCUAUCUGUUGUGGUACUAAAUGUGGACUUGGGUCUGGCCAUUGGGGUCGUGUUUUCAAUGAUGACUGUUAUAUGCCGCACACAGAGGGCUGGCUGUUCGGUCCUUGGUCGAGCAAGCAACACAGAAAUUUACAGACCUAUGGAAAAACACACCAAGUGUUAUGAAGUUCCGGGGGUUAAAAUCUUGACUUACAACGGGCCAAUCUACUAUGGGAACCGCAGUUUCUUUCGUGAGGAAGUCAAUAAGCUACUUGGCCUGACUCCAGAGAAGAUCCGCAGCCGAGAAAAGGCCCAGAAAGCCCUGGAGAAAAGGGAGAGGGAGACCACUGUCAACACUGUGGAAAGAGGCAUUGCAAACCAUUUAUUUUCCCCUAAUAAUGACAUUUUAAAGCCUGAGACUCCUGAAAAUGAAGUACAGACGGUACUGAUUGACUGCAGUAGUGUCAUAUUUGUGGAUAUAGCUGGAGCAAGACUCUUCAUACAGAUGUGCACCGAAUGCCAGAUGGUUGGAGUGAGUGUAUAUUUAGCAAACUGCAAUGAAAAUGUCUUAAGGAUUCUCACAUCUAGUGGUUUAAUGAACUACAUAAAUGCACAACACAUUUUUGUCACAGUCCAUGAUGCAGUAAUGUACAUUCAACACCAGAGGGAGAAACCCCAAGAAAACACCUCCACAGUUUGGGUAUGAGGCAAUGGGUCGUUGGUGAAGAA